GCCUCGUAAUUUUCGGCUUUUUUUAGGAUUGCCAAAGUGUUCCAUUCGCUGAUACCGGUGAUUAUUGGAUUGGAGAACUGGACUAUAGAUCGAAUCGGGUCGGGCGGUUAAAGAAGUUGGUGAUAGAAUAAAGAGGGUGAAAAAUCAGUGAUCAAAAGAAGUGACCUACGUUUUACAGUGUAGAUUUUGAAUCUUAAAUUGCUCUGCUGCGUUUGACAUCUGAUAACGAAUGCUUGAGGAGGCACUAUGAACGGGGCAGCGACAGUCACGGCCACUGAAGAUCAUCAACAUCAGCAAACACAGAAUGAAACGACUUCGGAACAUCCACGGAGUCCCGCCAGUCCACUGAGUGCUAGACACGACUCCGGAGAGAGCAGCGUCAUUUCCCCAGGUUUGCCGGAACGUUACAGUCCGUUGGGAGCGACGGGCUCUACGUCAAGCCACGAUCCUUAGCCUUUGCCGACGGACUUUCCUCUAGCCCGAUCACCAUACCUAACUGCGCUUGGGAACGGUCAUCCGCACUUGCUGGGUCAGGUACAGCAUCAGCAACAGCAACAACAACAGCAGCCGCAGCAACCACAGCAUGGCAGCAAACCACCACGUAGUCUCGGCCUUAUAUGCGUGGUCUGCGGCGACACUAGUUCCGGUAAACAUUAUGGAAUACUCGCCUGCAAUGGCUGCAGUGGUUUUUUCAAGAGGAGUGUUAGACGAAAGCUGAUAUACAGAUGUCAAGCUGGUACCGGAAGAUGCGUUGUGGACAAAGCGCAUCGAAAUCAAUGUCAGGCUUGUCGUUUGAAAAAAUGUAUGCAAAUGGGAAUGAAUAAAGAUGCUGUUCAGAAUGAACGUCAACCAAGGAAUACUGCCACUAUCAGACCGGAAGCUCUCGUAGAGAUGGAUCAAGAACGAGCCUUACGCGAAGCUGCCGUCGCCGUAGGUGUCUUUGGACCGCCUGUAUCCUUGGCCAUGGCGAGAUAUACUACGCCACUACCUCUGCCUACAGUCGCACCGACGACAAAUUCCGCAAACAACGCAACAACACCACCUCGACAAGAAAACGAGGACGGAAACGCUUCCGAGGACAGUAUAGAUGUAACAAACGAGGAGCCGUUGACGCCUCAACGAAGCGGAUGCACCCAGCUUCCACCGGUGCUGCCGUCCUUAUACUCACCAGCAAGUGCUGAAACGGUUUACGAGACCAGCGCGAGAUUGCUCUUCAUGGCAGUCAAAUGGGCGAAGAAUCUUCCCUCCUUCGCUGGUCUGCCAUUCAGAGAUCAGGUAAUUUUACUGGAAGAAGUUUGGUCGGAGCUGUUCCUACUAAAUGCGGUUCAAUGGUGUCUGCCACUUGAAUCUUCGCCUCUCUUUAGCGCCGCUGAGCUUACUGCUCUGACCCUCUCGCCUCACCCGCAUCCGCAUUCGGGGUUGCAUCUGCAAACCACUACGGGGAAGCCCAGCCAAGUGGCGGCGGAUGUUAGACACUUACACGACACCCUGCAGAGAUACAAGGCGGUCAUGGUCGAUCCUGCGGAAUUCGCUUGUAUGAAGGCCAUCGUUCUCUUUCGCCCAGAAACUCGCGGUUUAAAGGAUUCGAGCCAGAUUGAGAACUUGCAGGAUCAGGCGCAGCUAAUGCUCGGACAUCACGCACGUGCUCAACAACCAAAUAGUCCAGCUCGCUUCGGUAGAUUGUUGUUGUUGUUGCCGUUGCUGCGAACAGUUCCGGCUGCAAGAGUGGAAUUGAUCUAUUUUCAUAGGACUAUCGGCAACACACCGAUGGAGAAGGUCCUUUGUGACAUGUAUAAAAACUAAACAUUUUAAAUACCAAAGGACUUUGCUACGAACAUCACAUAACAAAACAUGAUCCAAAAGCCAAAUAAUUCAAUAGAAGCAGGACGAGAUUUAUGAAAGGCAAAAUCUGCAGUCAUCGAAGAAAAACAGUAAAAACACUAACAGACGAAGCUUUUUUUAAAUGAAAGGAUCAAGGAGCAGAACGCGCGAACUUCUUUUCGACACGAUCAGGCCUAAGGACAAAGUCCUAAGUCCCUCUGUGAUGAUCGUGAGAAUUUCGAUUGGCGAAUAUCUCUAUCGUACAAACGCGAAGCACUGAAAAGAAUGGCAUCGCUAACGAAUAAAACGGCAACUAAAGUGGACCGAGGGACACUCAAUUGCGGCGUAAAUAUACACAUAUAGAUAUAUACAUGUAUUUAUUUAUUAUAGAUAUAUUUAUCGGGCGUUAGGCUCGACACGUUGAUAGCACAUUUUCUGUUUUUCAUAGGAAGUCGAUGAAUUAAUCCGAAAAGCGGGGAUACUCAUUACUAAUUUCAUUUUUUAUCUUUUAAAUUUAUCAUUGAAUUAGAGAAAAAAGUGAUAGGGUGGGCACGAAUUUUACAGCUUUUGUGAACGUCAAAAACGCAAGUACGGAAAUCGAUUAUUUUACAAAACAUAUAUUUGUAAAUUCAUAUUAAGAUUUAUUUAAAAAAUUAACUCAAUUAAAAUAUUUCUUUUUCUUUUUUGCUCACAGACAAAUUUAUGCA